AUGGCUAUCUUCGUUUCGGUUUUCGCUGCCUUUGGUGGUCUAUUGUAUGGCUACGAUACUGGUACGAUCUCUGGAAUCAUUGAUAUGAAUUAUUUUCUUGAGACGUUUGGACACCGUCAGUUGGAUGGAACGUAUCAGCUUACUGCACAGGACAAAAGUUUGAUUGUGUCUAUCUUAUCAGCAGGUACAUUCUUUGGCGCACUACUUGGUUAUCCAGCUGGUGAUUUUCUCGGUCGUCGUUGGGGAUUAAUUGUAGCAUGCUUGAUUUUCUCAAUUGGUGUUUCGUUUCAAGUGGCCGCUAUCGCACUUCCUCUCUUUGUCGUGGGACGUGCUGUUGCAGGACUUGGUGUCGGCAUGAUAUCAUGCAUUGUUCCUAUAUAUCAAUCGGAAUGUGCUCCUAAAUGGAUUCGAGGCACUCUUGUGUCGACUUACAAUUGGUUCAUUACUAUAGGCUUUCUUUUAGCGGCCAUUGUCAACAAUGGAACCAAAGACAUUCAUUCCUAUGCUUGCUAUCGAAUUCCCACCAGUGUCCAACUAAUUUGGGCUGUUAUACUUGCUAUUGGUAUGUUCUUUCUUCCUGAAUCGCCUCGAUAUCUUGUUAUGAAGGGUCAUCUUGGACGAGCCCAUCAAGCACAAGCGAAGCUUAAUCGGAGUUCAAUUGACAAUGAGAAUUUUGAUACUGACAUUGAAGAGAUCAUUGCUAAUAUGGAGUUAACAUCGAAAUAUAGUUCCGGUACUUAUGCUGACUGUUUCAAAAUGGGACCACAAAAGAAUCUUUUUCGAACUUUGGUUGGUAUUUUUCUUCAAGCAUGGCAACAGUUGACUGGUAUCAACUUCAUCAUGUAUUAUGGUACAUCCUUCCUCCAUUCUUCCGGCAUUCAACAACCUUUUUUGAUAACGAUUGUCAUAUACCUUAUCAACGUUUGUAUGACAAUACCUGGCAUGUUGCUCAUGGAUAAGCUUGGUCGACGCAAAAUUCUCAUCACUGGCGCUGCUGGUAUGUUGGCCUGUCAAUAUAUUAUUGCUAUCAUUGGUAUCCUUAUGGAUCAGUCGAACGAGGUUUUUCAAAAGACACUUGUUGCUUUUGUUUGUAUCUUCAUCGCCUUCUUCGCUUCUACAUGGGGUCCAGCUGCAUGGGUCGUUACAGGAGAACUUUAUCCUUUAGCUAUACGAGCAAAGUGUAUGUCUCUAUCGACCGCUUCUAAUUGGUUGUGGAAUUUUGCUCUUGGCUAUGCUACACCGUACAUGGUCGAUCCAGACAAAGGGAACAUGGGCUCCAAUGUGUUUUUCCUCUGGGGUUCAAUGUGUAUAGGUUGUCUUCUAUUUGCUAUCUUCUGUAUUUGGGAGACGAAAGGUUUAUCACUCGAACAAAUCGAUGACCUUGUUUCCAAUUCAUCGCCGAUAUCAUCUGCUAAAGCUAAUGAUGCAUUGAAAGCAUCUCAGAUCAAUCAUGAUCGAUCACACACGGUCAAAUACCAAUCAAUUACGACGGGAAACGAUAACUCUUUACGAUAG